GCGUUAUAAAUAAAGGAUGUUUUUUCCAUCUUGGAAAAAAUUUAUGGAAAAAAAUACAAGAAGCAAAAUUAGUAACUGAAUAUAGAACUGAUCUAGAUUUAUUUGUAAAAUGGUUUGAAAACACUUAUGCUCUUGGAAAAGUUCGAAAAGAGUUAAGCAAUGGUGAUAUCUCUCGUAAUCAACCUCUUUAUCCACCAGAAUUGUGUAGUAAUCAUUUAGGUGUUUAUUCAAUUAUUGAAGAGAUGCAAAAAGAACAACAAAGAGUUGAUUGUCAAGUUAAAAGAAUUCUUAAUGGAGAACAAAGAUCUAUGCCUAAAAAAAGAGCAAUUGAUCAUGAGAAAUGA